AUGGCUGAUAUUUUCGAGUUUGAAGAUGACGACGUUCGACCCGUCUCUACCCACUCUUCAUCAAUGUUGCCCAACAACAGCUCAACCGAUCUGAACGAGCUAUGUGAUACCAUUACCGAACUCAAUAUGGAUGGAGUUACGCGUCCUAUUUCUAUUAGCAAUGUUAGCCGCCGGCUAUCAGCUAGCUUCCAACCUGGAUCUGCAGAUGGACGUUUGGGUCAGUCUCUGGAGAUUGGUAUUAGAAGCCCUUUUGUUUCCAGUUUUGCACAGAGUCUUGAUAAGCUUCAUAAAGAAGAAGAGACUGAAAAGCAUGUUGUUUUUGAUGAACCUGAAGAUGAAAAGCCGCGGAAAAUGACUCCAGCCGACUUUCAGCAGCUCAAGGUUUUGGGCCAAGGCACUUAUGGUAAAGUACUGCUUGUACGUGAACGCAAAACUGGCCGCUUGUUUGCUCAGAAACAGCUCAAGAAGGCGUCUAUGGUUGUGGAAAAAAAGCAUAUUCUUCAAACCAUGACUGAGCGCGACAUUCUUGAAUCGGUGCGACACCCAUAUAUUGUGCGACUAUUUUAUGCUAUGCAAGACCAUGAAAAACUUUAUCUGAUUUUAGAGUAUGCACAGGGUGGUGAACUGUUUACUUACCUGGCUAACCAAGUCAUGCUAUCUGAGGACACGGUUGCAUUUUAUCUGGCAGAGAUGAUUUUGGCUUUGUACCACCUUCACGUUAACGUUGGUGUUGUGUACCGCGACUUGAAGCCUGAGAAUUGUCUUCUUGACAAAGAGGGUCAUUUGGUGUUGACUGAUUUUGGAUUGAGUAAGGUGGCCACUGAUUCUGAUUCAAGCUGUAAGACGAUUCUUGGAACACCAGAGUACAUGGCACCUGAGAUUUUGCAGGGUGAAGAGUAUGAUUAUGCUGUUGACUGGUGGUCUCUUGGAGCUGUUGCCUAUGACUUGCUUACAGGGAAUCCACCUUUCCCAGGGAACGAUUACAAGUCGAUUUUACAAAAGAUUUGGAGAACUAAGCGCAUUGACUUUCCAUUUUACUUGACUCGUGACGCGCAGCACUUGAUUUCACGCUUUUUGACGCGUGAUCCCAAGAAGCGCAUGGGGUACAAAGAUAUCGAUUAUAUCAAAAAGCAUUCAUUUUUUAGUGCAAUUGACUGGGAAAAGUUGGAACGUCGUGAUAAGUCAAUUGUCCCACCUAUUGUCCCACUCAUUACGGACCCUGAGCUUGCAGAAAACUUUUCCAAGGAGUUUACAGAGAUGCCUUUGUCGCCUCCUAGCCAUGACUCUCCUAUGGCCAUUCCCAUUGCAUCGGCCCGUGGAUCCCGAGACAAUCUAGCAGUCCUGAAUUUGAAUUCGGGCAAUGAUGUUGGCCCAGGUAUUGGCGAUAACCACGGAGAGCCUGGAAACCACCCUUUCAAAGGCUUUUCUUUUACGGCAAGCAGUAGUUUUAUUGAUCGGGUAUUUUAA